GUGACGUCAUCGACAGGACGUGGGGGUGUUCGCAUCUUGAACAGCGUCGCGAACGGAUCCAUCCGUCAUUGAGUUUCAAGCCCCUCCGAGGAGUUUUGUUUCUUCGUGAACUUCGUUUGAGACGCCGUCGCGAUGGUGUGCGGCUUUGACGCUCAGCGCGGCUCCAUCCGCCUCAUGCGCAUCGGCCUGACGCUCAUCGUGCUCGGCAACCUGAGCUUCAUCUUCGGCGCCAUCGUGCACGGCACGGUGCUGCGACAUGUGUCGCGGCCCGGCUCCAGCAUCAACCAGGAGUACAAGGCCGGAAACUUCUCCUCCGUGCUUUCCGGCUUCAUGUGCAUUGCAACAGGCGUGUUUGCCAUCCUUCUCUCCAAGAACCUACAGAGACCUUGCUUUCAAACGGGUCUUUUGGUGACGUCCUCGCUCUGCUGCCUGCUGACGGCGCUGUGCUGGGUGACGCUUGGCCUGGCCGUGGUGCUCACCGUCAAGAGCAACGGCCGCAACCUGGAGCAGGAGUGCAUGGAGCCUCAGGAGGUGGCUCGACACCGCUCGUCGGGGCAGUCUGUCACGCAGAUACCCUGCGCCAGUGACCCCUCCCGCCUCUACGACACCACGAUGGCCCUGUGGUUGAUAGAAGUACUGAUGGCGCUGGUGGAGAUGGGGCUGUCCAUCCGUUGCAUCAUCGUGGCUGUGAUCCUGCGUGGAUGCGGGCCGUGCAUGCACCCCGCGCCCUACGAGAACCACAUGCAAAAGGCGGAUGUUGAGGUGUCGAGUGUCGUGGGCGACGACUCUGACACGGAGAGCGGCGUCAGCAGCAGCGCCAAGGUGAAGUUCAAUCUUCCCGAGGCACAGCCGCCCAUCGAGAACCGGCAGCUCAUCGUGGAGAACGCCGUGUCUGUCUAGAGCAGCGCACCGUGACGUCGCUCCCACGGCGACACCGCUCGCACCACCACAUCACUCUCGCAACGUCACAUCACUCACACCGCCACGUGGCUUACACUGUGACAUCAAUCGCACCGUCACAUAGCUUAUGCUGAUUGUUCGUCGGUGUUCUUUAUUCACUCUCGCUAAUUGGUAACUCGCAACUUGCAUUCACUCACGUUGGUCAUGCACACCACGUAUAUUUGGGUACCACUCACUGGCACAAGCAGUUAACACAGAGCGCUCAUUCCCGCUUACCGUGCAAUCUUAUUUACACCCAUUCGCACACACACACCACCCAUUCACAAAGCUGCCCAUUCAUUUGCACCGCACACUCAAUCAUGCACUACAAACUCGUGAACGCUGAACGCAACGCACAGGGCACGCGUAAUCACACCAUGAGUUCAUGCGGACUGUGCCACGUGUGUGCUCGUGCGCAUGCACCCACACAACCAAACCAGGUGUGUGCGUGUGCACGUGUGUCUCUGUGUUCGUGCGUGGCCUCCUUUUGGCUGCAGAGCGCACAACGCCGACUCACCGUGCUUUCAAAUGAGCGCUGCGAGGGUUCCGCUUGUGUCAACCAAGGGUAAGAGGGAGGGGGGGGGGCGGUGGUGGUGGUUCAGUGACCCACGCUUGCUCCCUCCAGCCGCCUACAUUAAGAUUCACAAACCACUACUGAGUGCCUUCAGAGGCCCGCCAUUCGCGUGCUUCAUAUUUCACGUCUUGUUCGUUUAGUCGACGCGUCACUUUUACAUUAGUACAUUGGGAGCCGCGGGUUCGAUUCCUGGCCGUGAUGCGCCUCAACGUCGAUGGUCAAUUGGCGUCCUGGCCUGGGCCUCCCCUAUGUUGACCCAGCCUUUAAUUGAGUACUAAUGUAAUUCGUGUGGUGAGCAGCAGCAGCAUGGAUGACGUAAGAGCAGUCGGCUGUGCGCGUCAGGCCGCUGCCUUGUGCAUGCUGUGACGGCCUUAAUAGGUGCUCGCUGAUAACGUUUUCCCCAGCGGUCCGUAAUGUCACACGGUAGGUGGGGGCGGGAGGGGGGUACGUGGUGGUGGUGAAAGGGAAAAUUUCCAGUAAUUACAUUGGGGUGGUUGCAGCUGAAUAGCGCACCGUGGGACCUUUAAAUGGAGUCUGCAGGGAGCGGAGGGGUUGGGAAGGAAAAGCUCGAGACUUUAUAUCGGUGGGGGGGAGGGAGAGGCAUUUAGAGAUUAUAAAAUGAGUAACAGUGGGGGGGGGGAGUGUGUAAUUGAGUUUGUGAUGUGGGAAUGGCAGGGCUUUGGUGGGAGAAUCACAGUCAUGCUUCUCGACAACACGGCCGCCAUUAUACAUUCAGUGUUGGUGCGAGGUUAUGAUGAGAUGCUUAAUCAUUUGGGGCUAUGGCGCAAUAGACUUUGUUAUCCUUGAAUGAGUCGUAAUGUUAUUACUCAUCAUCCCAGGUGACUUUCGGUGCGCGUGAUUGGAACUAGAGUUGGGACCGCGUUUGUUUCAGGGUUGGUACCCGAUACUGAAUUUGUGUUUAUAGGGGAAAGCGCGUGCGGGAUUUUGGCCUUUUCCUUGCGGAGAGCGAUGAGGCCUGACCACCUGACCCCCACUGGAGUCGAGAGCUCUAAACUCCAAACUAGAUGUACAAGUUUCAUAUCCAUCAUCAGCAUCGGCCAUGAUCUCUCUGCUGGAUUAAGACCUGAUCCACUCUGUCGCCAUUUCUCGUCCUGCGAUUCCAGUCUCGUUCUAGCACGUGGACGGAGCUGAUUGAUCGGUUUCUGUAGUGAGCGUCCUCCCAUUUGGUCUGAUGUUUUGUCGGGAGUGUCCGUCGGCCAUAAUCCCCCCGAGCUUCGGCGUGUCCUGCCCAAGUCCACAUGCUCAUCUUAUCAAGUCUUGGCUCAUGUCUCCAAUUAUCGUUCGUUCACUUGCCAUUUCUUUUGAGUCGUUACGAACGCGCAUCAUUCCACACAACAACAAGACAAACGCCAAGCGUGUCUCCCUGCUCAAAACAAGCAUUGGGCUGAUGUUCAUUUCCGAGGAAAUUCCACAUGACCAUGGCAGUGGAUGUUUACUGUGGAGAACAACCACUUGUUGAUGUCAACAAAGUGGUACUAAUUUUAUUGACCUUGGAGUGAUGAUGGGCAGUGUGUGAAUCCCGCUACGAGACUAUAUCACACACUCCGCAUAGUUCACGUAAUUGGAAUUUACGCAUGAGAUGAUCCAUCGAUUCAUUAAUAUAAAUUAUUAUGCUCAUGAUAUGCUUCAAAUUGCACGCAUGAGAAUUGAUUGCUUAUAAUGGCUGCAAAUUAAAUGCAUGAGAUACCAAUGUGGCAUUGAUGAUAGUGGAGGGAACAAAACUGUACAAACGAGACCAAAUGAAAUGAGAAACUACAAAUGUGGCGGUGAAAACUCGACCAAAAAGGAAUUGGUUCUUGGGUUGUUUCGCAACCCCGAAUCGUAGCAAUCAAAUCGCAUGCGGUGGGAGGGGGUGGUGGCG